AUGUCUACAUGCAAAAUUUCCCUAUUCAAACAUGUCUCAGAUGCAGUGCUUUCCUAUGAGAUACAACCAGCUAUGAAUGGCAACAUUGCUUUUUCAUUAAGUGAAGAAGCCCAAGCAUUAAGGCAUAUUCUGGUUAAAUACGAAGCCUUAAUUGAGGAAAACCCACAAACACAGCCUGGUUUACUAGAACAAUCAGAGCAGACAAAUCCACCAAAUAGAAAAAGAUCAAAAAAGAAGAAGGUUAAGAAGAAUAAAAAGACAAGCAAAGACAAUGAAAAGAAGUUCGUUCCACCCAGGCCCUUUAGUUUGUUUCCAAAACCAAGUCUUCGUUGGCGUUUUAUAAAGAUCGAUAGCCAAAAUUUAGAUGGCAUAUUUCCUGGGGCUUUUUUUUUUUGGAAAAACAAGAUGAAGAGACUCCUUUCCAACGGAUACAAAGAUGUUUCUUUGUCUACUUUGAUUUUUCGAAAUUAAACAUUAACAGUCUUGAAGGCUUAAUAGACUUGCCUCAUCGAAAAGGAAAGAUGCUUUUUAAAUAGCAUAUAUACAGACGGAUAUACGUGCAGGAUAUCAUUCUGUAGAAAAAUACAGGCAACAUUCUUAUUAAUGUCCCAAAAAAAUACAACAAAAAAAGAAGAGGAAAGACGAAAAAAAAAAAAAAGAACACACAAGGAGAAGUUUGAGGAGGGCAACCGCCGCAAGAUGCCGUUAGUUGUAUUUGGCAAUGGACUUAAAAACAAAAGCCAGGUAAAAUUUAAAGGGCUAAAGCAUGGUAUAUCAGAAAAGAUAUACAGGCAGCUGAAAAUACGAGAAAAGCUUGGAGAAUUGUUGCUUCUAGACAUAGACGAAUAC